UACUUCCGGUCUUUGUGACUCAUUGUGUCUGUGGCGAGGCGUUGGGAGGGCCUAGGUUGGUGUGCGGUGCCCUUCGACCGGGUUGAGCCCGGGAGUCAGCCGUGCUUGGUUGCUCGGUGUCCCCAGGCCACUCCGGAGACUCACGUACUAGUGGAGAGACCAAUAGAGAACUGCCGCUAGGACAGAAGCGCAGCCUGGCCCUGCUGGACCCCACCAGCUCCCCGAGUCUGAAUGAUGACUGCUGAGUCAAGGGAAGCCACGGGUCUGUCCCCACAGGCUGCACAGGAGAAGGACGGGAUCGUUAUUGUGAAGGUGGAAGAAGAAGAUGAGGAAGAUCACAUGUGGGGGCAGGACUCCAGUCUGCAGGAGACUCCCCCACACGACCCAGAGGUAUUCCGCCAGCGGUUCAGGCGCUUCUGUUACCAGAACACUUUUGGGCCUCGAGAAGCACUGAAUCGACUGAAGGAACUUUGUCACCAAUGGCUUCGACCUGAAGUCAACACCAAGGAGCAGAUCCUGGAGCUGCUGGUGCUGGAGCAGUUCCUGUCCAUCCUGCCCAAAGAGCUGCAAGUCUGGCUGCAGGAGUACCGGCCUGACAGCGGAGAGGAAGCCGUGACUCUUCUGGAAGACUUGGAGCUUGAUAUUUCGGGACAGCAGGUCCCGGGUCAAGUUCAUGGGCCUGAGAUGCUUGCCAGGGGAAUUGUGCCUCUGGAUCCGGUUCAGGAGUCCUCAAGCUUUAGCCGUCACGAAGCUACCCACCCUCAUUUCAAGCAUUCAUCUCGGAAGCCUCGCCUCCUGCCAUCCCGAGCUCUCCCCGCCACCCACGUUCCUGCCCCUCAUCAUGAGGGGAAUCCUAGAGACCAGGCGAUGGCAUCUGCACUAUUGACCGCAGAUUCCCAGGCAAUGGUGAAGAUCGAGGACAUGGCCGUGUCCCUCAUCCUGGAGGAAUGGGGAUGUCAGAACCUGGCUCGGAGGAAUCUCAGUAGGGACAGCAGGCAGGAGAAUUUGGGGAAUGUGUUUUCCCAGGGUUCUGAAAACAGGAAUGGGAAUGAGUCAACCUCAAAGGCCGAAGUCAAAGAAGAUUCCACCUCACAUGGGGAGACAGCAGGAAGAUUUCAGAAAGAAUUUGGAGAGAAACGUGAACAGCAGGGCAGAGUAGUCGAAAGGCAGCAGAGAAACCCUGAAGAAAAAACUGGCAAAGAGAAGAAAGAGCCUGGGCCACCUACAGCGAAGGAAAAGAAGCCCUCUACAGGAGAGAGGGGCCCAAGGGAGAAGGGCAAAGGUCUGGGAAGAAGCUUCAGUCUGAGUGCAAACUUUAAUAAUACCCCCGAAGAGCUUCCGUCGGGGGCAAAGACACAUAGGUGUGAUGAGUGUGGGAAAUGCUUCACAAGAAGCUCCAGCCUUAUCCGCCAUAAAAUCAUCCACACUGGAGAGAAGCCCUACGAAUGUAACGAGUGUGGCAAAGCCUUCAGUCUCAAUUCAAACCUUGUCCUACAUCAGCGAAUCCACACAGGAGAGAAGCCUCAUGAAUGUAACGAGUGUGGCAAAGCCUUCAGUCAUAGCUCAAAUCUUAUCCUGCACCAGCGCAUCCACUCUGGAGAGAAACCCUACGAAUGUAAUGAGUGUGGCAAAGCCUUCAGCCAGAGCUCAGACCUCACGAAGCACCAGAGAAUCCACACGGGGGAGAAGCCCUAUGAAUGUAGUGAAUGUGGAAAAGCUUUCAAUCGAAACUCAUACCUUAUUUUGCACCGGAGAAUUCACACUCGAGAAAAGCCCUACAAGUGCACUAAGUGUGGCAAGGCCUUCACCCGGAGCUCAACCCUCACACUGCACCAUAGAAUCCAUGCCAGAGAGAGAGCCUCAGAAUACAGCCCAGCCUCUCUGGAUGCUUUUGGAGCAUUCCUGAAAAGCUGUGUGUAAAGCAAUAGAGUAUCAUCAAACCAUUUCUCCCCUUUUGUUUCUAAAAUCAUGUCAGAUAUAUGUGCCCAUCAAGGGAAAAGUAAUAACACCAUCUAAUUGUUUGAGAAGUCACACUUAAGGAUCCUUAAGAGUUACAUUGACAGUGUUCUGCCUUUAGGUGGUCUGUAAGCAUGUAAUUCUUAUAGUCCUUGCAAGGGAAAGCUAGUCAUAUGUAUAUUCUUUAGUAUAUCUCCACGCAAGAUAAAAGCACACACAGUGAAAUGCCAAGCUUUCCAGUAAUGAGUAUACGAAUCAAGACCGGCUCUGUGUAUAUUCAACUGAAGAAGCCACUUGCUACAAACAGACCCUACUUGGACAACCUAUAUUUCUCAAUGAAGAGAGACAGUUAAUACAAAAACUACGUUGGGACAUGCUGCUCAAGCAAGUUAUAUAUCCAGAAAGUUGUAUAUCUGAUCACUGGUAGCCUGCCAAAGCUAUAGAAAUCUAGAACUGCGCUGAUCAGAAUCAAACCAAAGAUUUCUGUCUCUCUGAAAGAGAGGGUAUAUGCACCACUUUGUAGUUCUAAGGACUGUAAAAGAUACGGGUGGCUCUGCCAUCAUCAGCGUGGUCAGUGCUACUGAAAAAGCAACAAUUCAAGACUCUUCUCUCCCCCCUCAACAUCCCUGAAGCACUCCUAAGUGCACCCUCCACGCGUUGACACUUGAUUACAUACCAUCUUUUAAUCCUUCACCAUUCAGUGUAUGGAAGCUUUUAUCAACUCCUCGCCCUGCAAAGAGAUGCUUCAGUUGUCAAGAAAUAUAGUUAUGUUCCUGACAGCACAACACUGGAUGUAGUACUAACACACCCAAGGCACUCCAUAUGACAGACUUCCAACAGGACUGUCAUGUUGUGAUAGAGCCUGUGAAUAGGGAGUACCUAAAAUAUGGUACCUUCAGAGCUAUAGGCCAUGCUCUAAGUUAUUCUAGGGUCAGUGUAAUUUUUGUCCUAAAUAUAAGCAAAAGCUUGCUUAGCUGUCUGCAGAGACUCUAUAAACAUGGAUCAGUAAGUAAAUACCACAGAAUGUCAAAAAAAAAAUGACUUUUCCACUUACAGAAGAAAAAUAUGAACACUAUAAAGUUUUUGUUUGUGUGACAUAUUUCACGCAAAGCUCUUAUUCUUGGCCAGAAAUAUUUUCGGUCAGCUGCUGAAUGGUUGUCUUUUGAGCACUUGCCGAGCUGUUCAAAACUUAACUAACGUUCUUCAGAAGAUGUGAUGGGCUUUUGUUUUUAUUGUUCCUUUAUUUGUUUUUGUGUUUAAUUCUCAGAAAAAGGGAAAGUUAAAGGGAGCAUCUUUUCUGCAUUUGAUCAGAAACUUGCAGAAGCAUCUGUUGUUAUUAGUUGGCAGUGGCUGAAGAUAUCCUCUUGCUCUGAGAAGUUCACCACCACAUGGUGGUAUGGUUGGUUGUGUCAUUGUGUUUAAUAGCACACAGCAUCUUUUUGAUCUCUCAUGAAAGAAUAAAGUGAGGUUAGGGGACUUUAGCCUUUCCUGAGAUCUCUGCCGGUGGCUUCCCAGAAGCUCUUAAUCAAGACUUAACACAUACAGGAGACCCAAGUCUGGACUACGAAGGUGUCAGGCACUUGAACAAACUGCUCUUUUCAUGAAAGUGUGGAGAUCCCUGCAGAACCCUAGAAACAUAAGCUAAAGACAAACUUGAAGACUGUUGACGUGAACACCCCGCAUACAGUUUAAGAUUUCCCCUCAAGAAACAACUAAAACCGUCUUGUACCACUUGUUUGCUGACUAGCAGCAAAAGUCCAUGAGACACAAUAGGGGGUCUCAUCAGGUUGGUGCCUGUGUGACCUCAGCUCCAGGUCAAACUAGAAUCCUACAAGCAAUCAUUAUCUGGUCCCUCUUUGACUUCAUUUCUUAGACCAGUCACACUUCAGUGAUGGUGUCUAAACUGUUUCCACAGUGCUGCCUGUGAGUGUGUCUGUCCACCCAACUGAAAAGCAGCAGACAUGCUGGUUCACUGGUUCACUCUGGAGUGAGGCAGAGAUGGAGAUGCUUUAAGGUUCUUCCUAAGAAAUGAGUCAUGGUGAUGGUGGGCCUUUUUGAGAACUCUGGCUUGCUAAAACAACUGGAAAAAAGGUUCAGUACUCCGGGAGCCCAUCCAGACACUGGUUUUGAGCCCAAGAAAGGACUUUGGUCAUUUCCCUGUUGGCCACUUAUACACAGACAUACACAACUACAUGCUGAUGUACUUCGACCACCAAUCUAGGGUCUUGUUUUUAAGUUAAAUUAAGACAGACCUGUGCCCCUCCCCCAUCCCUCAUUUACUUCCCAUUUUAUUGGGACAUCUUACUAGUAGAUAGUUUCUGGAGUGGCUUCAGAGCUACCACAGAUGCACUCCUGAAGGCAGCCGUUUGAAGAUGUGUUUUAUUUAGAAAGCAGGCUAUAGAUGGUUAUCAAAACAUCUUAGAUGCUCAACACAGUAUCUCUGUGUCACAGUUCAGAAGGCUGACAACUGUAGUGUUCAGGAUGGUUGUUCCGGCUUUAGUGCUUACUAAUUAACCAUUAGCAUGCUAGUUGGCCUGAUGGAACUUUUUUGAAGACUUUUUAAGUGAAAUUUAACCUUAUGACAAAAGUCAAAGUUGCGGACUUUCUACUUCAACCUGGUAGGCAAGGCUAAGCAUAGAUGUGUGAGACAACUUGAUAUGCAAAGCACUUGAUAUUAAAGGUAUAAACAUGAGACUGCUAAAUGUGUGUAGAGACUGGCAUGUUUAAUAUGUGGGGCAGUCCACACCUUAACAUACAUCAGAAAUUGACUCCAGAAUGGGUCCUAGUCUGAGUGUGAUGUUUGGCAAAGCAUAGACUGUAAAUAAACUUUUAAUGUCUGUGAGGCCAACUUCCUAGUACUGCCUUGGACAUGAAUUCCCUUAAUCUGUUCCAGUCAUGCAGUAAGUUCCAGAAACUACCAAGAGAGCUCAGUCUUAACUCCAGAGGAUCCACAGGAGGAAACAAAUGUGGGGAAAGGCUAAAGAAGUAGUAAACAAGACAAGUACAACCUCCUACGGAAAUGGUUUGCUUGGGCACCUUGAUGUAUUCUGUACCUCACCGCUCCUGUCACUCUUUAUGUUCCUUGUAAACGCGGUCCAGUCUGUUGAACAGAACGCAUCACGGGAAAAAAGUGAAGUUUUGGAAUAAUUAAGAAACUGAUGUGAUUAUAAACAGUGAAUUCACAGAAUUGGGAAGAAAACUCAAGCUGCUGCUUGUGGGGAGGGAGGUCUGUGAGAAGAGGGCGGUUCUGAGCUGCAGUGGGAACCGGUGGGUUCUGGCUGCUCCAGUGUUAGUAUGUUUGAGGAGAACAUACACUCAGCAGAGGAUAGGAAGUAUACAGAACAGCUAGUCUGCCCAGAUUCCGGUAACCACAGUCCUGUUUUCCCUCGUAAAUCUGUGCACAGACGAGUGGGGACUCAGUUCACAAGAAGGGCUACUUUUCAGGAAAUGCCUUUCUGUCUUGGUUGGGAGGUGGAGGGCUAUCUCAGAGUUUGAGAAGCAUUGCAAGAUUUACUUUGACUCUGCUGCAAGAUUCUGUCCUUGCUCCCAUCCUGACACAUUUUUGCUUAGGAGACAGUGUUUGAAGAUUCAUAGCUGUGAAUAUUUAUUGAUUUAAGUUUUUAUCCUAGAAUUGUCAACUUUAUUUCCAAUAGGCAUGCUGAUCUGUUUAUCAAAAGGGAACUUAAUCAGGUUCAUCUUGCCAUCCUCAUGGAAGAUUAAUUUUGUCACUUGGAGUGACCGUGCUGAAACACUCAAUACAGCAAGCUUGCCAGAAGAGCCAUUUUCUGUGUCCCACUCACUAUGAGCAACUCUCAGAAGUGUUAUGAGGGAGGCCUGGGGGUGUGGUUCCAUCCCCAGCACUGCAUCAAAAGGAUGUGGUGGCAAUGCCUAUAAUCCUAGUACUUGGGAGAUAGAGGCAAGAGGAUCAGGGGUUCGGGAUCAUCCUCUGUUAGCAAGUUUGAGACUAGUCUGAAUCACAGAAGAUCCUAUCAAAAAAAAUUUAACUAUGUACAUGUAUAUCCAUAAGGGAGGCAGGCAUAGUAGUACAGGCCUGUAAUCCCAGCACUCAGGAGGCUGAGACAGAUCACAACUUCACAGCCAGCCUGUGUCCACAGAAAUAGGAAUAUGUUGGAUUUCCUAUUAGGGAAGCAAAGGUUUUUGAAUUGAAUGAAAUAUAGAACCAGAGACAAAAACUUAAAUGGUCUAAAUAGAUCACUUAUAGAAGUUAGGGUAGAUUUUUAUUUCAGCUACUAUUAGAGACAGUGAGCAUUGUUGGAAAAGUACCUAACAGAUCUAGGCUUUGCUCUUUGUAUGGAAAUACUACUGUACAUUUUAAAGUAGUUAUUUUGCUAUUCAGAUUUUUUAUUAUGUCUGGAAAUACCUGUUUUGCUUUUCAAAACUUUGUAAAACAAACUUGAAGUUUUAGGUAAGGUAAGCCAUCUCCAAUACUUCAGGUCAAGCAUAAGUUUGGAAAUCCUUUUGCCAUACUUAAUAACUAAUGUCUUACUAAGAGAACUUAGUUUCCUGUUGUCUGGUUCUUUCCUAGUUGAUACCACCAAUCCCAUGUUUUGCUCUAAACAGCAGAAUGGAGAGAAUGAGGGUUAGCCUGCUCUGAGCCAUGGUCCCAAGUGGAAAAAAACAGUGAAUUGUGGUCUGCUGUGAUUUUGAGUUCUGUUUUUUGGGGGGUUGUUUGUUUUUAAAUCUUGUAGGUUGUAACACGCCCCCUUCCACAAACUGACUCAACUUCAAAUUACACAGUCAUUAGCCAAGUUAAUUGGUCUUUAAAAUGGUCUUGAUUCACAAGCACUCAUUAAGUAAAUUUGGUCCAGUGCUUGAAGAUGGAAGAAUGAGAUUUCUGAAAGAUUGGAAGAGGCUGGACCAAAACUUGUAUUUUGUUACAGUUUGAGAUUGGGGUUAAGUCAUUUUGGUUCAUGAAAGGGUGACCAGUCACACUGAGUCUCACUUAUCCUGUAGUCCCCGGACAAGAUCAGAUGUGUUACAAAAGAAUGGCCAAGAAAGUUGCCAUAGCCUUAACAUCUGCUAAGAAAGUGCUGAGGGCAGAAAGACUUGAUCUAUCAUGGGGGCAGAGCUUUCUCACCUUCCUCUCAAUUAAAGACUAAUUGGUAACAGCUUGAAGUUUCUAGUCUGCCCUAGCUGGCAGACUAGACAAGUAAGACUUGUAUAGACUCCUCUGUGAGGAGUUUAGCUCAGUAAAGAGCAUUUACUUAGAGUGUCCCCUGAGUGGCCCCAGGACAUGGUUCAGCACUUGCUUAGAAUUCCCUAGUUGGGAAUUCUUGGGGGCAUGGCCAAGCUGGACAUUUGCUGGAAUACCCAGAUAAUGGUAUAUGAUGUGACUCGGGAGGAGAGCAAUUGCCUGUCCCCAAAAGAAAUGCUUAUGCUGGUAAUGGGGAUUACCAGCUCCCUUACUGCAAUUCAUGGGGUGUGGGUGAGAGAAAAUCUUGUCCUGAGAAUAUGAGUGUUAAGGGUUAGGGUUGGUUAUGCAAGCAAAAAAAAAUUAUUUUGAGUGUAUUUUUAAAAACUUUUAGUUAAAGAUCAUUACAACCAGUUCUACACGAUAGUUAACUCAGGCACUGUCUUUUCGUUUAUAGGCUAGGAAAACCUCCUGUUUUGUCCAUUUCCAGCUUAUAUUAGCAUCAAUUAGACCCAAAGAAGAAACUUUGUAUGUCAGCAGGAUUAAAUCAUUGCUGUUAAAAACUGGAUCUUUGAUUUGAUCAGCCUCUAAAGAGUCCAGACACUUAGUUGGUAUUCAAUAAAAAUUUUAAAUGGAA